UCGACACCUGCGGCUAUCGAUUACCUGCCACGAUGUUUACGGCGGGCUUUAAAUACGCAAGGGGUGAAGCCGGCUGCUCAUUUCUGAAACACGGAGCCUGCAGUGGAGGAACGUAAAAAGACGACGGCCGGCCUGAAGAUGCAGCCCCCUCUUGUCCUUGUCUUGUGUGGCCUCCUGUCAGCGACCCUCGCCGUGCCUGUCCCGCUGGCACAGAUGAGUGGAAGCGACAGCUACGAGGGUAUGGGCUACAGUGCCAUGUAUCAAAUGCCAAUCCCACAGCCAAUCCCAAUCCCAGUGCCAUAUGACCCCAUGGGCACGGCCCUCCUCGGUUAUGGCAACGGACUUGGAGGCUAUGGAUAUGGUGGAGGAUUUACUGGAUAUACUGGAUAUAAUGGAUAUAACGGAUAUAACGGAUAUAACGGAUACGGAGGCCUUGGGGGUUAUGGUGGAUUCUUACCCUACGGCCUGCGAGCUCCACAGCAAAUGAGGCGCCCCUUCAGGAUGAGAGCCCCUCGGGCAUUAAAGGAGCCAAAUGGCACACAGAAGACAUCAAACAUCAAGAAGCAGCUGUCUCAACACUCCUAAAGACAGAAGUGGCGGACGCUGAUCUGUGCUGGGACACGGACCACUUUAAAAACCAAAAAGAAGAUUGGAGUGAGGAGGAGGAGGAGGAGGAGGAAGAGCAGCUGAAAAGAGUUCAGUGAAGACCCCCUUAGCUUCAUUGUGACAUGGGAUGACAAUGGAGAAAACAAGGGCGAGUGACAAGUGACAAGUGGG